CCAAAGUCUCAUGUGCCGUUUGCAGGUGCAGGGGUUGCCGCCCAGCCGUGCUGCUCGCGAACUUAGGUCGGGUUGGUAGCUGCGCUGCAAGCUCCCUCUGUCAAGCUACCACCACGACCAGUCUGCGAUAAAACCACACAUUGCGAAAUCCAUCCUGCCACCACCCGCGACAAUCUACCGAGCCGUCUAGACGUCUCUUUCUCGGCCCCGACUGCGCCUCCCGCGUCCAUAUUCUCGUUAGCGUCCAGAUGAUCCGGACUAGAGCGCGCGGACGGCAUCUCUCGACACGAGCUCCAUCCCCGGUGACGUCGCGACUUGCCUGCUAGGACUGGCCCCGAAAUGGACGACGCUCCCGCGAGCACCGCCUUAGCGGCGCGUGUCGCGACGCCCAUAUCUCAGCUCUGCCCCGACCUGUUGGAGCAGCAGUCGCGCGUUGUACGGGGCGAGGUCACCAUCUGCUGGCCAUUAAACUCGAUCCGGCAAUCAUUUGCCUUUGUCAUCGCCGAGCCCGACGUCCGACUUCGCGCCUCUCACGGCCAGAUUCGCGUUCAGAUCGACGGCCCCAAUGCCAAAGCCGUUGCUCAAAGCGGGAUUUUCAGUGGCGACGAGGUUCUCCUAGCCUUGGAUGGUGCCGAGUGGGCGGACAACUCAUAUCAGGACACCAGGAUACCGGGGUCUUCGUCACUGUGGGAGCUCAGAUACCCCGGGCGAAUCCUUCUCGAGUUUGCUUCGGAUUCUGGCGAGACGAAAACACUGGAUUUGGACCGAGACCAAUCUGCGGGCGCCUCAGGUGUCGCUGCUAUCUACGAAGUGCCUAUCAUCGACAUCCACGUGCCUGACGCGCCUGCCGUCUCAAGCCCUGUCAGGCCGGCCGAACCUGAUGAGUAUGCUUCUCCGGCCUUCAUCAAGCGGGCUCGACUAUCGUACGGCUCUCUUCUGGACACGGACAACGAUUUGUUUGAGGAAGACGGGUGGGUCAAAGGAAAAGGGCGGAAAAAAGCCAGGUUCGGCCGGUACAGCAAUUCGUGGAGAUAUACCAGUCGGUCACCAAGUCCCGAAUCUAGCGGCGACGAUGUCGAAUCGUCAGGGCCAGCAGCUACCACCAACGAUGCUCCACCCGCCGCCCACCCGCUUCAGCCGCUUGACGAGCUCUCGAUGGCGGAUAAUGGAUGCCAGGUUGUCGAGGCCGAUAUCACACCAGAGAAGGCGCGGGAUGGUCUUGAGACAGCACACAGUCCAGCUCAAGAACAGCUGAUCUCACCAGAGGAGGCGAAAUCAAAAGGAACGCCGCAGAACCCUGUGGAGAUUGACGACGGGCCGGCAGACGAUGACUUUGCCUGCAGUGCUCGGGAGGAUGAACCUGGCCAACUCUCUGUCUCUUCUAACGGCGAUGAACCAGCGCAGAUGCGCAUCACUUUCCCGGCAGCACAAGGGUUUGCGGCACCAAGCCUUGGAGACUACUCAUCCCCAAGAUUUGCAGCCAACAUUCCUGGAAGCUCUUCGGCAUAUGAGGGCCCAUCACUUGGAGAGCAGGUCAGAUUUGGCUUCCAUCAUAGCCCGGCGGCUACGACUCUGGUAGACAGCCAACAGCCGCAAACAGUACCGCUGUGGAAUCUAGCCAGCAGCCAGGUCAUGGAUCAUAACCAUGUCGAUGCCGAGCUCAACAUCGAUCCCGCUCUUGUGGCAGCUGAAGCUCCCGGCACAACCCUUGAUGAUCAGCCAGUGUCAUUCCCUGGAGGCGAGCCUCUGGGAACACCCGAUAACUAUAAUCAGCAGCGAUUCCAGAACGAGGCAGAGGAUGUCAUGGCAGUAGAUGCCGAAGGCGAUGGUGUAAAAUCUCUUUUGGACUCCUGCUCCGACGGAGACGAAUCCGAGUACGAACGCGAGUUGGCAAACGAAGCUGGCGACGACUACGACAUGAGAGCUUACGCCGAUGUUGACGACGAUGUUGAGGGUGUUGAGCUCGACCAAGAACCGGCCGAUUAUAACGAUGGCGAGAUAUUUGAGGAUGGCGGCAGCUAUUACUCUGAUGAGGAGGGGGAAGAGUAUUUGUCCGACCAAGAAGAUGAAGAGAGGUUGUAUGAUGAGGACGGGGUUAGCGAAAGCGAUGGGAACGCAGCUUCGUCACCCAUCCACAGAGCUCCUGUCCAGCCUCCCCAACAGGCCGGGCCGAUUGUGAUCGACCUGCUCUCGGACUCGUCCGACGACGAAGACGGUGACACCAAACCCCCUGUUCCGCCCGCAUCAACAUCAAUGAGAACGCUCCAACACACAGCACAAGACUCACCACCCUCCCCAUCAUAUGAGGUGCGUUCUGAUGACCGUUUGAGCGAGGAUUCUGAAGACUCGGAGGGUUAUGAGGGCUCUGAGGCCACCGAAGGGUCCGAUAUCGACGCCUCGGGCGAGAGCGAAGAUGAGUUGGAUGAGUUCGAUAGUCCUGCACAGACUACACAGCUCAGGGAUCAACCAGCAACCCCAAUCGACGGUGCCACUCGUGGAGAUGACGUCUCCGAUUCCGAGCUCUCCGACGACGACGGAGACGGAGACGAGAUGCGGGAUGAGACAGUGGAUGUUGAGGAGCCAUCCAUGGAGGCACCUCUGUCCCCUGCAGUAGCUGCACCAAGCGAUCAGAACAGCGAUUCAGCCGACAGAGAUCAAGUCGCCGACAUAGCAGUGCCCCUGCCAGUUGAUGACAAAAGCGAGAAAACUCCUGCCGAAGGUGCCCACAUACCUCUGAUAUCCGGGGCCCCGGUGCAACUACCUGUCGCCGAAGUUACCAUGGAAGAUCCCGAAGUCACGCACGCCCCUAAUUCAGAUAUGGAAGGUCCAAGUGGAGCCGUGUCUUCUGGGCACGGAGUCGGGCUCUCUGUUGAUUCGCAGGACAGCACAGCGCGGCCAUCAACACCCAAGGCUACCAGAUCUCUUGCUGACAAAGAGGAGGUAGAGCGCGUUGACGAGGUUGAUCUCUUGGUCGUGCCGCCUCCUGUACCCCAGAGUAUCGGCUCGAAAGGUCCUGAGGAAUAUCACUCGGCCGAGAAUACUAUCUCCUCACCCGGCGCAGGAGAUACGUUCUCCCCGAAAGCCGUGGAUAGCGAGACUGCGGGACAACUGCCGACUCCACUCGACACUCAACCCGAAGCGGUCCUGGGCACUCAGGCAGCUGGGGACUCUAUGAUGCAAGUAGAUACUCAGCCCAGCAGCCAGGACGACGCCAAUACGAGCCACGGAACACAGGCCGCUUCUAGUCUGGAAGUGGCAUGUGCGACUACAACAACUACCAUCGUGGAGUAUGUCGAGGUGGUUGAGCUUGAUGGUGAUGACAGCAGCGGCAAGGAUUCUCGGUCAGCCGUUUCUGCAGACGAAGAACACGAAGAUGAAGAGAUGGCUGAUGCUGAGGCACCAGAGCAAGAAUCAACCGACGAUGAAAUGGCUGACGUGCGAAGCGAUGACUCGAGCCUUCACUCCGAUGAACUCGAGGCUGUAAUGGAGCACGCAUCGGCAAUCGACUCUAUCUCCGCUUUCGCAACUCAGGAGGCUCUCUCGACACAGGAUGAGCCGCUCUCCCCCUUGGACGCGCCUGACAACACCUCUGUGUCCGAUUUCUCCGACGGCAAAGAGCGGUCAGAAGCUGAAGCGAGUUUCAGGACACCUACCAGGACGGAACGCAACAGCGUGCCUAGCUCACAGCCGCAUACAGCGCCAAACCCCAGUGUCCAGGACUCCUCCGUGCAUCUCUCGGCCUCCGAGGAGCUGCCUGAGGAUGCCGCCUCUUCCCAAUCAUCAGCUGAAGAUGUCACAGCUCUGGAUUCGCCUGUGCUGGGGGUUAUGGAAGAGCUGUCUUCCGAUGUCGAGCAAUCCGCCCACGCGUCCACGACACAGGAGUCUCCUCUCGUCUCAUCUCCCGCGGUGGAGAGUGGGCGCGGUCAAAUCGUUAUGCAGUCCGAGAUGGGCUUUGCUGCUCGGGCACCUUGCUCGGGAGACGAGUAUGUUAAUGGCGAUAUUCUCACUCAGUCGCAAAACAUUCAACGCGUAGUCCCCUAUUCACCUGACGCCGGUGCCCCUAGCGAGACUCACCGGCAGCGGCCGUCUCGCUUCGCGUCCCAGGAGCCGCCCUCCGAUGAAGACCAAGAGAUGGACGACGAUGCUCAAUCCGACCAAGUCACAUCUGCCUCCGAAGACAUUGACGAGUCGGAAGACGAUGAGUCUACUAGAGUGGUAAAAGAAGCCGGCACCGCCACCAACCAUGGUCCCGAAGACGCAGGUCUCGAUUCCGAAGCCCAUGGCCCACAUGAAAGCGACAGCGCGAAGGCGACGCCAUCGUUUCCCAAGGCCGAUUUCAAGAUCAACAUCAGAGACGAGUAUCGGGUCAACGCUGCGCUGCCAUCACCGGCCCAGGAAGAGCCUCAAGAAAGAAGCGGGUCCAGCGUCGCCGAGAUGGAAGUGGCAGCGCCGUCCCCGCCUGAACCGGCUCAGGCUUCGCACGGGAAUGCAUCGGACACAAUAGCAGUGCGGGCGGAUGAGGAGACCCCAACCCGCAGGGCCCCACGGAAGGCCAAGAUCAACUUGGCAGCGCCGGCACCUUCGGACCCGAGUAUCAAACUUGCCCGGGCAGCAGCUGGUGUGAGGAAAGUUUUGCCCACUGCCGAGAUAGGCCCUGGCCAAGAAUCGCCCUGCCAGCCAACAACACCAGCUGCCAGCCUCGCCGCCACGAGCCCUUGGAGUGCUGGGUCCAGUCCAACUGGCACUGGUCAGCCCAGCUUUCAACACACGGCCAGUGAAUAUAGCGACACAGGGAGAGUGAUCGAUAAGUCGGCCACAAUGACGCCUGAGCAAAUAUCGAAGCUCCAAAAGCUGGACGUCAUCACAAACAUUUUGGGCCCUGAUUGGGGAGGUAGCGGCGGCACACCACCAUCCACAAUCACUCCCCGCGCGACUAACGAGGUGAAGAAGAUCGCAGAGGAAGCACAGCAACUGCUGCCCUCGGCGCUGUUUGAGUAUUUCCGUGUUCAUCUCUGGACCGUGCCUCCUGAGAACUGUCUCGACGAGCUACAGGGAUUUUUUGUCCGUAGUUUCCCUUAUGGGACCUUCCCGGAAAGAAAGGCACAGCAGGCGGUGAAGGACAUGCGCCGGAUAAUCAAGUCCAGAUCGAACCUCAAACCGAGGAGCCGGACACCUCAGAAGGCGCAAGAUCCCAGCCUGAAGCUGGCCAAGGCGGUGCUCAAUUCGCCGUCUCGCAAUCUCCGUGCGCCCAAUGCGGGAGAUGCGGAUGCGGAUACGACCCCUGAGACUACAAACACGACCAUCACAAGUCUCAAGCUGGAGAUUGGGCGCUUCUUCCGAGGCAACAUGGCGGACUACACGACACUGAUAUCACUCCGCUUACACCCGGGCAAGCAGCUCAGCGUGGUAGGGGUAGUGACUGCGGCAAGCAAGCAGCCGGUGCGAACCAAGGCGCGGCAGUAUGCCAUAUCCAUCAGCAUCACUGACCACACGAUUUCGCCCACAAACGUCGUCGAAGUGCAGUUCUACAUGCUGCACCGGGAGGCUCUGCCCGUCGCCAAACCGGGCGACCGUGUCCUGCUCCGCAACUUCACCGUUGUCGGGCUGACGGGCCGCGGGCACGGUCUGCGCUCCAAUGAUGCUUCCGAGUAUGCUGUCUUCGACGACAAGUGCGAUGAGGUGGGAGGAAACCGCAGCUCCUACGACCACGAAGACAAUGGCGACAACGACGAGGGCGGCAGCGGCAGCACGCAGCAGAUGGCCCAGAUUCGUGGGGGGCCAAUUGAGCUCGAGGACUACGAGUACGAGAUUGCCACCUUGCUCAAGAACUGGUACAGCCUACUGCCACCUGCCUCGAAGGAGAAGCUCGAGAAGGCCAAUCGAAAAAUGGCCACGGCCGGGGCGGCGAUCUUGGUGGGAGGCUAGGGAUGAUGCACCAACACCCAUGGCAUUCGCAUGGCGGAGGUGGAGUGGUUGGUUUUAUGAAGUGGCGGACGGACUCGGGAGGACUCUCGAUUUGGAGCCAACCUAAAGGUAGACAUGGGUGUCAACAGUGCCUAUUGCUGGUUGGGUGUGCCUACUGAGAGAAGAAAAUACCAAAAGAAAGCGUCAAGUGAGACGGCAGAGACACAUGUAUAGAUUAAUGUUGGUUUGUAGCGAUUUUUUCUUGAUCAGUUCGAAGUAUACCCGGUUGAUUAUUGCGACAUGGGCGCUGUGUCUCGGGAGCAAUAGAGGACGCAUACCGCGCCGACAAAGACAUUACAUGGCUCGCACACGUCUUGUCUACCCUGGCUACUUUGGGGAAACGGAUGGUGCCAAAAGUCACGUAGAGAUGGCAGACG